AUGCCGUUUUUGCGAUGGUCGAUGUUUGUUGGCGAGGGUGGCUGUCUAGCUGAAUAUUUUUUUGUCGUGGACCCCGAUAUAUUUGGGACUUUGGAGAAGCAAUGGAACGUCAAAUAUGCAGAGGUUCCACCGCCAUCUUAUCUAAACGCCCACCUGGCACCGGGGGCAUCUAGAAUUCAUCGUGAUCCGACGAACCAGGACCAGCUGGUGGGCGUGGCUUCGAUCGGGUAUGCCGUUGACAGGAUGCCAAGAUCACCGUUUCCCAUUAAGUCGUCACCAAUGUCUGAACUAUGCCGCUUAUGCUUUUGCAACGGCAGCUUAUCUUGGGAUUUCUUUGCUAUCGGUGCUCGCAAGUCGGGACUUCGGCACCAUAAUCGAAAGAACCGUGGGAGUGCGGCACACAGGUCGAAAGAGUUGCACUACCCACAUGCUCUGUGCAAUGCUAGGGCUGAUCAUUCGGGCAGACAGCUUCAUUCCCGGAAUGCGGGAGCUAGGGUGGUGGGAACCUUGUCGCCUAUUCGAUGCAAUCCGUGA